AUGAUUAACAAGAAAGAAGAAGAAUUGAGAAAGGAAGGGGCAGAAGAAAUGCUCAAUAGAAUUUAUCGUUCUGGUCAGAAAGCUUUUGAUGGGCUGCUCAAAUCAUUAGCUGAUGCAGGUUACGAAGAAUUGAGCUCAAAACUUGAUCUUGAUUUGGAACAGAAAAAGAAGGAAAGAGCUAAUGUUGGACUGGAAAUUGAUUUGAUUGAAUUUCCUUAUUACUAUAAUCGGUGGCCAGACAGUAGAUCAUGGUGUAUUAUAAUGAAUAAUUGGUUCAAAAACCACGAUUUUAAGACUGAAGAAGAAUUGAAAAUGGUUGUCAAAUAUUGGUUAUGGAAAUUGGAGGAAGUUGUUGACAGAG